AGUUUUCUCUGAGUCUUUUGGGCAGCCUCACAGAGGGUAGAGAAAGAGAGAGCUCUACUUGGAAGCCAGAGAGAGAAAAUGGCACUGAGAGCAGCCAUACUUCGCCAUGUCCGAGUCCCAGUUCAAAUCCUGGCCGUACGGUCAUCGGAGCGAUCAUUAUUUGGUGCUGGAAGCUUUUUCCGAUCGAUGUCGUCUCACGGCGAUGAUCGACCUACCAAAGACGAAGUCACCGAAAGAGUUCUAUCCGUCGUCAAGGACUUCCCCAAAGUAGAUCCUUCUAAGGUGAGUUCUGAUGUUCAUUUUCAGAAGGAUUUGGGCUUGGAUAGCUUGGACAAUGUGGAGAUAGUAAUGGCUUUGGAAGACGAGUUCAAGUUGCAAAUUCCAGACUUGGAAGCUGAUAAGAUUGAUUCCACUCAUCUUGCCAUUGAAUACAUCUAUAACCAUCCUAUGGCUGGUUAAGGUCCUUAAUAGCUUUUCGAUUUUAGAAGGAAAUGAUGCGUCCAAGCUUUUUUCCUUUUGUCCUUUACCCUUCAAUGCUUGUAGAAAUUUUAUCAUGUUGGGUGAUGGAAAAUAAUUUCAAAUCUGUUUGGAAAAACAGCAGUCUUCUGAGAGUUAGACUCAAAUGUCUCUCAAGUAAAAUUUUAAUGUCAUUGCUGCAUCUGACUUAAACAGUCACAUUAUUUUCUCUGAUCAA